AUUUAAAGAGUAGUAACAGCAGUACUUGUGUGUUAUUGAGUGUUAUAUUUUGUAAACAGUACCCGGAAAAUGGACGCCUGUGACAUACAAAAAGAUAAUUGGGACGAGUUAGAAGUGACGAGAGAAGAGUUUGAUAAAUUAAGUGAGUGUUUAAAGAAAGAGGAUUUUCGUAAACUGUUUAUCGAGUACGCCGAAGAAGUGUCAAAACCCGAAAACCGUAAAUUAUAUCAAGAAGAAAUUAUAAAACUCGAACGUGAACGUGGCGUUGAUGUUACGUUCGUAAAUCCCGAGCCGGGUUACGUCAUAAAGACUAGUUUAAAUGGUGAUAAAAAAUGUUUUAUAAAUAUAAGUAAGAACGAGUGUGUUGGCAAGCCGACAAGUCAGCCAUCCUAUGAUGUUGACAAUGGACACCGUGGAUUGCAAUGGUCUAUUCCGCAUACUCUUGCCCCGCCGCGGGAUGACCUCGAUAAAAAAAAAUCACGUUGCACUGUCUUCGAUGUUGUCUUUAAUCCCGAUACUCUAUAUUUGGCAUCGAAAAACCCGAGGUUUAGAGACAUUGUUAAUAACACAGCCUUGGACAGCGUCGAAAAUAAUUUUAAGGUUAAAUUAGAUCGAAAAAAUAUAAGAUUUCCAAAGAUUAAUUUCAAAGGAGUAAGUCAGUCAAGUGUCAUAAGAAGAGAAUGCGAAAAAUCAUCAGAAUCGGAGGAAUCGAAAGAUUUUGAACCAGAAAUUUAUCAAAAAUUAAUUUCGAGUUACGACGAAGCUCGGGAGAAAUACAAAAAAAAAUUAUCAGCACAAGAAAAACCUUCACGUCCAACACCAGCCACAAAGUAUUUAAAUAACAAGACGUCAAUUUCCGAGGAUACUAAAUACGCGACUCCAAAAUAUUUAAUAAAACACCAGACGGAUUUGGACCUUCAGGACUUUAGGAACGCGAAGGACUCGAAAAUUUACGCGGCAACGCCUAAAAAAUUGAUUAUCAUAAUUGAUUUGCCGCUGCUACGUGGCGCAAAUGAUGCGACCUUAGACGUACAGGAACGGUUGCUGAGUGUAGUGAGCGAGAAACCAGCACAGUAUCGACUAGAGCUUCCGCUGCCUUAUCGCGUUGACCCAGAUCAUGGGAGCGCUAAGUUUGAUACUAGUAAAAAAAAAUUAACAGUAACACUGCCAGUUAUUAGAGAGGUCGUUAAACUCACAGAGCUCACCAGAGACGACAGUGGAGUUGAGAGCGAUAAUUCUCCCGCUAUUUCCGAGUCAUCAAGCAUCGAUACUCAUGAAUCAAAGAUUCAUUUAGAUGACUUUCAAUCAAUUAUCAGCAAUGUUGAUAAUAUCAAGGCUUCCAAUGGUUUGAUAAGCGAAAUCACAUCAGUGGAUUGUGAUAAAAUAAAUUUAAAUACCACUGAUAACUCGAUUACAUCAACGAAAACCGUUAAAUCUAUUAUCAAUACCAAUAUUACGUAUUCACUUCCGCAUUUAAAUUGUAAUUUUUAUGAUAACACAAUAGCACUAGUUAUAGAUGUCAAAAAUGUCGACGCUGAUUCAAUUUGUUAUCAAUUUUUGAAUGAUAACACGGCAAUAAAUAUCGUACUGGUAUCAAUCGGUGCGGGUUUCUUUCCUGUCCACUACGCGUUGUAUUUAAAACUCGACAGUGGGUCAUCGUUUAAUGAGGAAAGUAUCAAUGUUGAGCCCUGGGAUAACAACGUUAUUGUCAGUAUUACGAUGAAGGAUGCUGACAAAAUGACACGUUACUUUGUAGGAUUAAAUCAAGAGUUUUUGGAGGCACGGGAUGUGCCGCAUAGAAUAUCUUUUACUAAAAAAUAUGAGGCUUUCUUGAGAACUAAGGAUGAGGAGCAGCAAGCAAAUGAUAAUAAUCUCAGUGUUCAAGUGAAUCGGAAUGACGACAGUAAGCAGGUUGUUAUUGAUAUUAAAAAUAAUAACAGCAAUCAAGAUCACAUGGAUUCGGAUGAUGAGUACUCGGAGACGAGGAGUGAUGGAGAGAAGAGAGACUGCUUGCAGAAGUGCAGGUCCAUUUCGGAGAGCAGCGGCGAUGAGCUUCCAGACAGCAGAAGAAGUAAUAAAUCGAGGGGUAUUUUGAAGUAUAGACGGGAUAAUUUUUCUAGAUCUGUUUCGGAGUCGAGUAUUGAUGAUACAACUGGAUUGGUAUCGUCAAUCGAAUUUAAUUAUGACUCGGUACAAGAACAUUACUCGGAGUCUGAUUGUUGCAGUUUGAAAAAGACGGUCAGGUUUAAUGAUGUUGUAUCACGACAAUUAUUCAGGUCUAAUUCAAGUAUCCUGGGACGGAGAAAAAAAAACCAACGGAAAUUACGUAAGAAGAAGCAAGCACACGAGAGACGUAUGAGCGAGAGUGAAAAUUCCGAGACUGAAGAUCGUGAUAAAUACAAAGUAAACGCAACUAACAAAAAUAACAAAGACGAAAAAAUUGUAGAUAAUAAUGUAAAGUCAAUUCUUAAUCGGGAUAAAUUAUCGAGUCAUAAAUUAUCCGACCAGGAAAAUAAUUAUAACAAUAAGUGUGAUAACAAAAUGAAAUCACAAGUCAGCGGUAAUCGUGAUCAAAAUUUAAAUCAAGCGGAAUUUAAAAAUGAUUUAAUUUUUGAUCUUGAUAUGUAAGUCGAAAGAAUUUAUUUUUUUAAAAUUAAUUUUGCACUAUCGUUAUAUUGUGUGAUAAUCAAAUGCCCAAAAAUCAGGUAGUUGAUGAUUUUUUUUUAAGACGUGAUUUAUCGUAGCCAUUGCGGAACAUUCCCAGUGAUAAAAUAUUAACACAUUUAUUAUAAUUAUACAUUUUUUUUUUUCGAAUUUUAGCACGUUCAAUAUUAUCAUUAUCAAUCAUAUUUAUACAAACAUAUGUAUAUGCAAAACGUUUAUAAUAUUUAUAGUCUAGCAUGUGACUACGCAAGUUUUAUAGUCAGUUGUUAGAGAAUAUAUCGUACUAUUGAUUAGUAAUCAUGGAAUUUAUAAAUUUAUUGUUUUUUUUUUCAUACUAGUAUAACAGUAUAUCAAGUAAAUAGGACCGUAUUUUUCAAUUUUACAACGAUUGUAAUAAAUUUCAAUCUAUAAUAAUAAAAUCCAUCGUUA